CAACGUCGAGGGUUAGGGUUUUAUCUGAGUAUUUCUCUCUGGUUUAUGAUUCUUUUUAUUUGGUUCGAUUGAAGGGAAGAAGGGAUCUCGAUUUCCCUGCGCUCAAGAAGGAACACGAAAAAGAAAAAGAAGAUGAGUGUGGAUUCUGUCCCUUCGAACUCCCAUGGCCACCUAGAUGAGCAGAUUUCUCAGCUUAUGCAGUGCAAGCCUUUGUCCGAGCAAGAGGUUCGAGCACUAUGUGAGAAGGCCAAGGAGAUUUUAAUGGAGGAAAGCAAUGUCCAGCCUGUAAAAAGCCCUGUGACAAUCUGUGGUGAUAUUCAUGGGCAAUUCCAUGAUCUUGCGGAACUUUUUCGAAUUGGUGGGAAGUGUCCAGAUACCAAUUACUUAUUUAUGGGAGAUUAUGUGGACCGUGGAUAUUACUCAGUUGAAACAGUAACGCUGCUGGUGGCCCUGAAAGUACGAUAUCCUCAACGAAUUACAAUUCUUAGGGGAAACCAUGAAAGUCGUCAGAUCACACAAGUUUAUGGGUUUUAUGAUGAAUGCCUGCGAAAGUAUGGUAAUGCAAAUGUUUGGAAGAUCUUCACAGACCUUUUUGACUAUUUUCCACUAACAGCAUUGGUUGAAUCGGAAAUAUUUUGUCUGCAUGGUGGACUGUCCCCUUCCAUUGAGACUCUUGAUAACAUAAGGAAUUUUGACCGUGUCCAAGAAGUUCCUCAUGAAGGACCCAUGUGUGAUCUCUUAUGGUCUGACCCGGAUGACCGCUGUGGUUGGGGUAUCUCUCCUCGUGGAGCAGGGUACACUUUUGGCCAAGAUAUAUCUGAGCAAUUCAACCAUACCAACAACUUAAAGCUGAUUGCUAGAGCUCAUCAACUGGUCAUGGAGGGAUUUAAUUGGGGACAUGAGCAAAAGGUGGUUACAAUAUUUAGUGCACCUAAUUAUUGUUAUCGCUGUGGGAACAUGGCAUCUAUUUUGGAGGUUGAUGACUGCAAAGGGCACACGUUCAUCCAGUUUGAGCCAGCUCCGAGGAGAGGAGAGCCAGAUGUAACUCGCAGAACACCUGAUUACUUCCUAUGAUGCAGCCACCUUUGAAUUAUUGCUGAUUUUCCAGUACGGUCUGCUUGCUGGUUGGCAAUGAAGUGGGUGCGAAUACUGCGGGUCCUUUUUCAGAGCUGUUUAUCAGAUUUAAGAUUUAUAAUUUCUACCUGCUAUGCUUUUGGUCAUGGGGAAGGGGAGGGACAGAAGCGUGUAAAAUGAGCAGGUAUAGCUCCCUCUAAUUUAUGUUCCAAACUGUGCUGGGUUUCCUCAAAGGGAGGCAGCAAAGCUGGCGACGCUGUGGCAGCAUGUAUCAUUUCCAGCAGAACAUGUGGUAUUUUUUUUUUUUUUGGGGGGGGGGGGGAUUCUGUAGAGUUUAGUGGUGCUUUCUUCUUUUUGUUUUAAUUUUUGUUAGCUUUAUAAUCCUUCAUUGGACAUUAUUGAUUCGGAUGGCUGUUACUCUCUCCACUAGCUUUCCCUCUAUAAUCUAGAGUAAGGGGAUGUUUCACACAUGGUUAUUAACCUCAGUGGUAGCUUCUAAUGCUCUUUUUUGCUUGCUCUAAGUCUAUUCUGCAGAAUGCUUACUUGGCAUCACUCACAAGUAUUUUACCCAGACAAUAUGAAUCAUUUUUGC